AUGGCUUUGAAGUUUAUGGAGACCGAUGUCUUACGGAGGACCCUUACGAGCAUGGGCCCAAGGUGCUGGCAUAAUGAUUAUGUUACUGUUUCAGAAUUGGCUGCACAUACAGAAACGCUUCUGAACGAAAGUAUUGAUGCGGCAGGAUAUAACGGAGUGGGUCGCGCAGAGAAAAGAAGCACAGAGGAAGCGAUACUCUCAGUCAAAGUCAAUUCUAUUAUACAAUGGGGCAUGAGAAUAGGUCGCAUGAUUAAUGGGCUGUGGUGUGGCCUUGGGGACUGGGCGGGAUUUUUCUUACGGAGCACCAACGAGGUAACAACCACCGGAGGAGGUAGUGACAACAGCGGUUACAAGGUAGACCAAGACCGCUUAGAGGAUUUUACUUCCAAAAAGGCAUUCUGUCAGGAGCUGGAGAAACGUGGACUUCUUAGCGGACUUUGUUCGGGCGAGCCUGAGCAGAUUGGAUUCACAUUUGAUUGGUAUAGACACAGUCUUUGA